UUCAACAUACUUUAUUGCUGUAAUCACCCGUGUGUUCUUUAAGGUAAGAUUAUAUUUGUUUUUCAGAGAUGUGCUUGAAGACUAGCUGGCUGUAGAGAGUUGCUUCUGAAUUGUAAAUUUCUUCAUUGCCAUGGACAGCAGUGAUGAUCCACUUUUAGUAUUUAAGAUCUUCGUGCCUAUCGUAUCCUUCGGUUUUUUGUCGAUCUGCUGCGCUGGCUUGUGCAAAAUCUUCCAGCGGGUUCGCGAGGAGCGCGAGGGACGCGAGGAGCGCGUGCAGGCUGCUGCUCGCGCCGCGGAUCGACCGUCCGUCUACGUCAUCCCGCUCUCUCUGUCUGAAGACGAGCGGCACGGACCCCCGCGCUACAGCACCGUGCAGUUCUACGAGGCGCCUCCGGCUUACCACGAGUUGAAUCUGAAGCCCGAGACCUGUCCUGUGGAGCCUCCUCCAGCAUAUUCAGAAUCCGCCUCUCCUUCACAUUCAUGAUCAACCUGAAGCACGUCUCGAAAACACCGGUUAAAGGAAAAAUAAGAUGCGACGUCACAUUAUCGUGACUUUUCCAAGCACUACUACUCAUGCUACCUAUGCAAAGGUUCAGAUGAUGAGAAAGAAAAUGUGACAGUUAUAAUAAUCUUUGAGUCUGUUGAGAUUUAAACACAAACAUGUUGUCCUACAAGAGUCACAAAGAAAGAUUGUUUUGCACAAUGAGCAGCAGAACUUGGUUAAAAAAGUAUAUACAUAUAUAUAUAUAUAUGUUUUGUUUUGUGGAUAUUUAUCAAUUUUGUACAUGCUAUGUAUAAGCAUUUUUAGUUAACUUUGUGAAUGUGUUCAUUUUAAUAAAUGUUGUAAAUUGUUGUAAAUUGUAGAGCUGAAACUUUAUGAUUAAAAUGACGUAUAAACUGG